UUUUUUGUAAGACAACAUUGACCAGCUUUCAUUACGGCGCUAAUCUCAAAUUCUUAUCCCUUAUGAUGUCGAUGACUAUCGACGAAAUAUUGGAUCAAUAAAGGAAUAAAGAGUACACUUAGCCUAUUCUUUCAGCUGUUUUACCCAAAGAAUCUCUAAGUUUGUUCUCGUAACUUAAUUAGCUGUGAUCAACACUAUUUUAUCUUCAAUAUAGAGAUGGGUUUCUACUCCACCAUAAGAGCUAACCAUGGAGAGGUGGCAGUCUUAUCACUUAAACACUGGGCAAAAACAAAAUUAAAACUUUCACAAGAAUAUAAUAGGAGAACCUUCCUUCUCAGUUGUAGAAAAUUAUGCAUCCGUCCUGACCAUAUAAAUUCAGCAACAAAUCCUGUUAGAGAGAUCAUAAGAAAACAAGAACCUUUUUUACAUCUUCAAAUCAACAACAUUAACACAAGGGUAGGAGAUAAACUUUUAAAUUAUGAGAUAGGUUUCAAUCAUAAAUUAAUUAAACAACUUGAGAAAAAAUUACUCAAUUUAAAGACAGUUAUCAUUAAACAUUGUGGAGAAUUAGUUUUUAAUGAAUUCAAAGGCAGACAAUUAAGAGUAUACAAUCAUUCUUUUCAUGAAAUCAAAAGAAAACAAAUUAAUAAACUCAACAACAUAAAAGAAAAUACUAUAAAAAAUACACUCAAAGUAAAAUCAAAUUGGUUAAAAAACUUAACCAAUGUUGAGAUUCCCCACGAUGUUUCAUGUAUACUAGCGUUAGGGCCUAAAUUUAGUAUAGAACCUGUUUUGCAUCACAAUAUCUCUGUAAGGCGUCUUAUGGCUGACAUAGAUUUUGCCACUUCUUUUAUCGAACAGAAGGAAAUAAGAUCAAUUGCAAUGGCCAGAGCUACAAACACUCUUACCAAUUAUGUAACAAGUAACAGUUCAACUAAACCUUCUUUUUUACAACAACUAGUAAAGAAAACCAAAUAUUUUCUCAAACAAAACCCACAACUCAUAGUUACUUUAUCUGACAAGGGUAAUGUAACUGUAGUUAUGGAAAAACAACAAUAUAUGGAACUGUCCAAUGAUUUGAUAACGAACAGUAAUACUUAUAUUGAAUUACGCAGUGAUCCUACUUCUUCUGUUCAGGCAAAAAGUAACAAACUCAUAAAGUCAUUAAACACAAAAGGCAUGAUAGACAAUGCCACAAAAAAGAAACUUACAACAUAUAACAGCAUAACACCUAAAUACUAUUCUUUGCCAAAGAUUCAUAAACCUCAACUAGCAGUAAGACCUAUAAAUGUCGUCCAUCGGAGCGCCUACAGAGAAAAUAGCCACUCUAGUAACAGACAUUUUAACAACCUCAUAUGACUUAAACAAUGAAUAUUAUAUCAAAGACUCUUUUGAAGUCAAAAAACUAGUGGAAAAUGUCACCCUUCCACCAAACUAUAUUCUUGCUAGUCUUGAUGUGGUGUCUUUGUUUAGUAACGUCUACUUAGAAGCGUGUUUGAGAUCAAUACAGAAAAGAUGGGAUAUAAUAUCAACUCAUUGCAAAAUAGACCUAGAGACCUUCUUGGAGUUGGUAACCUUUUUGUUCGACAACACUUAUUUCACCUUCGAUAAUAAGAUAUAUAAAUCUACCUUUGGAACACCAAUGGGUGCAAAAGUUUCACCAAUCCUAGCUGCAUAUGUAGUCGAUGACAUUCUCGACACAGUUAUCCCAGUACUACCCUAUAACCUUACCUUUGUGAAGAAAUAUGUGGAUGACAUCAUCUUGGCACUUCCAAAAGAUCAAGUUGAAGACAUUUUAUCAGUCUUCAACAGUUAUGAUCCAUAUAUACAGUUCACAAUAGAAGUAGAGGAUAAUGAACAAUCUGUUCCUUUCCUCGACACUAAACUAAUUAGAACUAAUAACAAUAAUAUCCUAGUGGACUGGUAUAGAAAACCAACAGCAUCAGGUAGAUACCUUCACUACCUGUCAUAUCACAAACAUUCAAUGAAAAUCAAUCUACUAAAACAAAUGAAGGCCAGGGUGAUGAAAAUUUCUGUAUAACUUUCCACGAAAAGAACCUUAAACUUUUGCACAACCUUUUUAGAGACAACUCUUACCCCACUGAUUUAGUUAAGAAAAUCUGAUAUGACACCCCUUCAUCCCUUCCUCAGAUUAUAGUAGAUGAAUUAAACAACAUCAAUACAAAUGUUCAUAGAGGAGGAGGUGGUGCCGAACGAAUUGACACCAACAUCCAAGAAAUAAGGGAAAAUGUUGAACAGAGCAUAACUAUUGAACCAACUAUAGAAUACACUAUGAUUUCUCUACCUUACAUCAAGGAACUCACACCCAGACUAGCAAGGGUACUUAAUUCUAUUCAUAAUUUUAAAUUUGCCAACAAAACUGUAUUUACAAUCAAAAGUCUUCACACAAAAGUAAAAGACAAAACACCUAAGGAGCAGAUGUCACAUGUAGUUUACAGCAUUCCAUGCAAAGACUGUAAUAGAAAAUACAUAGGCCACACAGAAAGGCAUUUAAAAAAUCGUUUAACGUCACACAAAAGCGACUGCAGACUGCAUCCUGACCGUUGCUCAUUAGCGCUUCACGCAGUAAAUGAAGGACACCAGAUGGACUUUGAUUCUGUAGAGGUUCUAGAAAGGGAAACCAACUACAAAAAACGUCUUUCCCUAGAAAUGGCUUGCAUAGCACAAACAGAUAACAACAUAAAUAAAAAAACAGACAUCCACCACCUUAGUGAAAUCUACUCUUUUCUUCUCACAGUUGACAAACAACAUAUUAAAUUCAACAAUUCAAUAGAUUCCAUUUUAGAAUAAAAAUAUUACAUUACCAUAGUAUCACACAGUUUAACAAUAGACUUUUAGUAACAAAUCUAACAGCACAUAUUCAAUUGCAUAAGAACUAGAUCUUGAAAUUAACCAAGAUCUAGUAAACAAACUCUUGUUAAAGUGAUCUUCAAUCACUUUAACAAUUUCAAUUGUAUAAAAAAAAAAUUUUUUAAAUAAAUAAAAUUAGCUAGAAAUUGAGUUUCUAAGCAAAUAUAGGUAUAUACAUCCAAUGAAGGCAAAAGCCACUAAAAUCUCCAUUCUACUUCGACCAUCUAAGAGAGAAGAAGAUUUUAGAGGUUAGUGUUUUCCAACCUACAACAUGUCACAUGGUUCAGGUUCUGCAUUAAAAUAAAAUAAAAAGAUGUAAAACUCUCGAGAGAGGACUUAUUUCAGUCCGAUGCAUAAAAAGAAAACACCUUUUUCGUUGUUUUUUGUACCAGUUUUGUAAAUAUACACUACAUGUUUUUUGUAAGACAACCUAUACAAGUUUUUAUAAUAUUGACCAGCUUUCAUUACGGCGCUAAUCUCAAAUUGUAAGUAACAUCAAAAAAAUUUAAAUAGACUGUCAAUUCUUUAUGUAAAACUAUUUGUAGCUUAUCCCUGAUGAUGUCGAUGACUAUCGACGAAAUAUUGGAUCAAUAAAGGAAUAAAGAGUA